AUGACCACAGUACUACAUAGUGACCACAGUGACCACAUUAUGACCACAGAACUACAUACUGACAACAGUGACCACAUUAUGACUACAGUACUACAUAGUGACCACAUUGACCACAUUAUGACCACAGUACUACAUAGUGACCACAUACUACAUACUGACCACAGUGACUACAUUAUGACCACAGUACUACAUACUGACCACAGUGACCACAUUAUGACCACAGUACUACAUAGUGACCACAACGACUACAUUAUGACCACAGUACUACAUACUGACCACAUACUACAUACUGACCACAGUGACUACAUUAUGACCAAAGAACUACAUAGUGACCGCAUUGACUACAUUAUGACCACAGUACUACAUGCUGACCACAGUGACUACAUUAUGACCGCAGUACUACAUACUGACCACAGUGACUACAUAUGA